AUGCCUCUCACAGGUCACUGCCUCUGCGGCGCCGUCACAUACUCCAUUGACGUCGACGCGCCCCUCCUCACAGGCUACGACCACUGCGACGACUGCCAGCGCCAGACCGGCUCUGCAUACUCAUUGGUCGCAGUCGUCCCCAAAGCAAAGCUCACAAUCAACGGCCCCACCAAGUCCUGGGCCGGUAAAGGCUCAAGCGGAAAGGCCGUUCAUCGUAUUUUCUGCAGCGAAUGCGGAUCCCCCAUUGCGCAUGACCCGGAUGCUGCGCCGGAGAUUAUUGCUAUCAAAGCGGGCACGUUGGAUAGUGAAAUCAAGAAGAAUCUCAAGCCUGAUACCGAGAUCUGGACUGUCGGGAAACUGCCUUUCAUCAAGGAGAGUUUACCCAACGCGUUUGAGCACAUGCCUUCUUAA